UGACUUCAAAAAUGAAAUGUUAAAUAUUGAAUGUGUUCGCUGAAACGUUUGACACAAAAGCCGCAUAUAAAAACGCGGAGAAGUUUAAAUGCAGCAUUUUAUUUAUAUCGCUUAAAGGACAGGGAAAUUAGUAAAGUAGCACAAACCCACAGGCAACUGCUACGCGUACUUAAGUUAUUUAACGGCAAAAUGGGGUUGUUUCUUUCAAAACUUAGUAAAUUGUUCGAGGAUUGGGGUACUUCGCAGGCGAGAAUCUUAAUGCUUGGUUUGGAUGCAGCUGGAAAGACAACAGUACUCUACAAGAUCAAACUGAAUGAAACAGUAGCAACUAUCCCUACAAUAGGAUUCAAUGUAGAAACUGUAACACCUGUGAAGGGCCUCACAUUUACUGUAUGGGAUGUCGGCGGUCAGGAUAAAAUCAGACCGCUAUGGAGACACUAUUUCCAAAACACUGAAGGUCUAGUCUAUGUCGUAGACAGCGCGGAUCGGGAGAGAAUGUCAGAGGCCCGGGAAGAACUGUUUGGUAUUCUAGAAAGCGACGAGAUGAGAGGCGUACCCGUCUGCAUUAUAGCGAACAAACAAGAUCUUCCAAAUGCUCUGAAUCCAUCGAAAGUUAUUGAUGAACUAAACUUACACAAGCUCACUGGGCGGAAGUGGUAUGUCCAAGCUGCGUGCGCAACUACCGGAGAAGGUAUUUACGAGGGAAUGCACCAGCUAGCAUCAAUGGUGAAAGCAUUUAAGAAAGGACACUGAAUUCUAUCAGUCAAUUAAAUAAUAAAAACUCGCCGAGUAAGCAGGCUGAACUCGGUUAAUAAUGGUUCUCAGGCUAUAAUAGCAAAAUGUAAAAUGCCAUAAACUGGCAGAAGAGACCACACGUCACAACUGUACAUAACUGACUUGACGUGUUAAAAACUUUGGUAUGUGCAAUAUUUUACUUAACAGUGUAUGCUUGAGAAUUUUGCCUCUUGACAAGUAAUGACUUUCUUGUGGCUAUUAUUCGUUAGAUAAUGUAACGACACAGUGAAAUCAAGAUAUCCAAACAAACUGACUUUGUCAUAUGUUUAUUCAUAUCAUGAAAAAUAUCAUACCUAUACAUGUGUUCACAAUUCAUUAUAUUGGCCGGACAUGUAAAUUUCUUAGUAUAAGCCUUUGUUUUUAAAUGUAAAUUAUUGUAAAUAUGUAAAUAUUAACAAUUUUGUUAUUUAAUUUGUUGUAGAUAUGUAAAUUUUAAAAUUUAUGUAAAAUUUUUUAUUUUUGAUAGUCUGUAAUACACAUGAAGUUUCUGUAUUAUACAGUUUAAAAUUCCA